UGGGGGUGUCUCCCUGGGUAUACUCGGACACCGCCUCCCGGGAUUAAAGCGAGAGCCGGGGAGGAUCGGGGACUCGGCGCUGGGCAGAGGAAGACGCGAACCCGGGGGGAGGCGGAGGAGGAGGAAGGGUGAGGGGCAGGGAGCGCCGCGCCCCGGAGCUCCGCAGGUCACCUUGAACGUUCCAAAUACCUGCCUUUCCCUGAUGCUGCUGAUAAAGUCAGGAUGGCUCUAAACUCAGGAUCACCACCAGGAGUCGGACCUUACUAUGAAAACCAUGGGUACCAACCCGAAAGCUUCUAUCCUCUGAAGCCCUCUGCGGCCUCCAGUGCCUACAUGGUGUAUCCGGCUCAGUAUUACCCGCCUGCGGUGCCCCAGUAUACCCCAAGGGUUCAGACGCACACUUCGACACCCGUCAUCCGCAUGCAGCCCAAACCCCCGUCGGAGACAGUGUGCACCUCAAAGACUAAGAAAGUGCUGUGCGUCACCCUUGGCCUGGGGGCCAUCCUAGUGGGAGCAGUGCUGGCUGCCGUCCUGCUCUGGAAGUUCAAGGAGAGCAGGUGCUCGGCGUCCGAGAUGGAGUGUGGCUCGUCGGGGACCUGCAUCAGCCCCUCUCAGUGGUGCGACGGCGUCCUGCACUGCCCCGGCGGCGAGGACGAGAACCAGUGUGUGCGCCUCUACGGACCCAACUUCAUCCUUCAGGUCUACUCACCUCAGAGGAAGUCCUGGCACCCCGUGUGUCAGGAAGACUGGAGUGAGAGCUUCGGGAGGGCCAUGUGCCAGGACCUGGGCUACGGGAAUAGUUUUUAUUCUAGCCAAGGAGUAGUGGAUGACAGCGGGGCCACAAGCUUUAUGAAGCUGAACAUCAGUGCCAACAACAUCGAUCUCUAUAAAAAGCUGUACCACAGUGAUGUCUGUUCUUCAAAAAGAGUGGUUUCUUUGCGCUGUAUAGAGUGCGGGGUCUCCGAGAAGACGAGCCGCCAGAGCCGGAUCGUGGGCGGCUCGAGCGCCAACCUGGGGGACUGGCCCUGGCAGGUCAGCCUGCACGUGCAGGGCAUCCACGUCUGCGGAGGCUCCAUCAUCACCCCCGAGUGGAUCGUGACUGCCGCCCACUGCGUGGAGCAGCCUCUUAGCAAUGCCAAGAUUUGGACAGCCUUUGCAGGAAUUUUGAGUCAAUCUCUCAUGAUCUAUGGAAAUGGAUAUCAAAUAGCAAAAGUGAUUUCCCAUCCAAAUUAUGAUUCCAAGACCAAGAACAAUGACAUUGCUCUUAUGAAGCUGCAGACACCUCUGACUUUUAACGACAGAGUGAAGCCGGUGUGUCUGCCCAACCCGGGUAUGAUGCUGGAGGCGACACAGUCCUGCUGGAUUUCCGGGUGGGGGGCCACCUACGAGAAAGGGAAAACCUCAGACGUGCUGAACGCCGUCAUGGUCCACCUCAUUGAGCCCUGGAAAUGCAACAGCAAAUAUGUGUACAACAACCUGAUCACAUCGGCCAUGAUCUGUGCGGGGUACCUGCAGGGAGGCGUCGACUCCUGCCAGGGUGACAGCGGAGGUCCUCUGGUCACUCUGAAGAACAGCGUCUGGUGGCUGCUUGGGGACACAAGCUGGGGGUCUGGCUGUGCCAAGGCUUACAGACCCGGAGUGUACGGAAACAUGACAGUGUUUACAGACUGGAUUUAUCGACAAAUGCGGGCCAACAGCUAACCCGUCCGGCCUUGGGCACUGGCACCGCUCCCCAAGGGAGUGAAGGGGCAGGCCUUCACCUCGUGCAUCAUGGCUUUGUAGAAAUGAGUCCCAGGUCCUUUCAUUUUGAUUAAACAGCAAACUUCUCUGUC